AUGGCUACCGAACGAUCCCCUUUACUUGAGAGUAAUGUUAUUGAACCUCCUCAAAAUAUACGAGACAAUCGUCUUAAGAAAUUUCCAUUGGGUCUUAUCGCACUUCUUAUAUUAAUUAUUUCUUUUGUCUUAUUUUUCAUAUUCGUACCACAUAACACUCCUUUCCCAAUUGAACCUUGGCCUGUUGAUCUAACUUCAAAUAUUUUUUCACACUUAAAAGCAUUUAAUAAAAUUGCAUUAUAUUCUACUGGAAAUUCUCGUUCAAUUACCGAUGGAUAUAAUGCAUCAGCUGAAUAUAUUAUUGAAGCAGAGUUAAACAUCUCUUUUGGUAGUCUUGAUGAUAUAGUCGUUUUUCAGGGUGGCAUCGAUUUUUGGAGUAUGCGAUAUGGUGGUCAAGCUGCAAGUUUGGCUUCUAAAGAAAUUAUUGAAAUACAAGAUCCUAUUGAUAAUAAGGAUGAAUGGAAUGUUCAAGGAAAAGUUGCACUUAUUCAAUUUGGGAAUUUUAGCGUUUGGGAUGUCGCGUAUAAAGCUGAAAAAAGUAAAGCAUCUGCUGUUAUUUUCUAUAAUUCUCCAGAACAAAAGAAACUUUCAAAAGUUCGAGUGAGAAUUACUGAAUGGAAAGAAGGAGAUCCUUUAAUGACUAUACCCGUUCUUUCUGCCUCUAAUUCACUCGGCCAAAUGCUCAAAAGGUCGACCUCCAUCAAUAUUACGACUUAUACGAAAAUUUUUGUCACCGAAACAUUUAACGUAUUAUGUUAUUUAAAUGAUUAUGGUCAUAAAAAAAGCACAGUAAUACUAGGUGCCCAUUUAGAUUCUGUUCAUGCCUCCCCUGGUAUGGUUGAUAAUGCUUCCGGAUCCGCGACUUUGCUGGAGAUUCUGUUAACAUUAGAGAAACAACAUUUUGAGCCAAAGAACAGGUUGGUUUUUGCUUGGUGGGGUGCCGAGGAGAUCGGACUGGGAGGAUCAAGGCAUUUUGUUAGAGAGCUAGUUAAUAGUGAAGAUAAAAAAGAUAUUGCAAUGUAUUUGAAUUUCGAUAUGUUGGGAAGUCCAAAUUAUAUACCAUUUGUUCUGAAAGGUUCUGAUGCACCACCAGAUAUAAAGAACGGGUCAAUAAAAAUUCAACACGUGUUAGAACGUGAAUUCACUGAAUUACUUGAGCCUUAUGAAACUUCUAGCAUGUUGAGUGGUAGUGACUUUUUGCCUUUCAUUCAAAAUGGGAUUCCAUCAGGUGGUCUUUAUACUGGAUCAAGUGAAAUAAAAAGUAGAAAGUCUCAACAAAAAUUUGGCGGAAUGGCUCACGUACCUUUAGAUCCUUGCUAUCAUCAAGCAUGCGACAUUUUGGAUAACGUUAGCGAAGAUGCUAUCUCCGUAACAUCAAAGGUUGCUUUGAAUGCUAUUGUUUAUUUUGGAAAUAGAAAAGAAUUAAAAAAUUAUUUGAAAGAAAGUUGA